AAAAGCGAGUGAGAGAUGGGCAGGGAGGUAUGAAGAGAGGGAGGGAGUAUUAUAAGAGAGGCAGCCAUAGAGGGAGAGGUGACAGAGUGGAUCAUCGUCCUCUCUGCCAGCCUCACCAUGUUCAUGCUGCAGAUCUUGACUGUUAUUUCUCUGACUGUUAUCCUCUUGGCAUCUGUGGAAGGUAAAGGCGUGCAGAUGCAGAGGGAUGUCCAGUGCUGCAUGUUGUACUCGCAGGGCAAGGUGCGUACCAAAGAUGUGCUGCGGUUUGAGGUGCAGACAGAGGGGCCCGACUGCAGCAUACAAGCCAUCAUUCUGUACACAAAGAAGGCGGUGAAAUGUGCCGACCCCAGAGACCGCAAGGUGAAGAGGUUAUUGAGAAAACUUCUGCAGCGCCAGAGAACUAAAGCUCACAGAACCAUGUGGCUGCUUCCUCACGACAACCUGCCCGUCAUGUCAGAGGACAAGAAGAAUAACUGGGGGAAGAUAAGUGAUUCAUAAUGUGACGUGAAGGAUCACCGAAAGAAGCAUCAUCAUAAGCCAAGUAAACUUUCUACAGCCUAACGUCUGGACGCUAUGAAGUUGACCUCUCUCUCGCUCUCUCUCUCUCUCUCUCUCUCUCUCUCUCUCUGGGAUCAGACCUGGGCAGCAAUACACAUUUUAAUGGCUUUAUAUAUCCAAAUAUGAACUGUGCUUGUAAUAAUAAGAAUCAGGUGGCAGGAAAUGUGUCAGCAGAGGAGUGUGUUAAAUCGACUUAUUUACAACCAAUAAUGGCUCUAACUGUUAUUAACCAGAGUCUGCCUCUCGGUGUCACCCUCGAUAACCGUUACUGCUCAUAGCCGAUGAGCAAUCAAAAAAAAAAAAAAAAACUUGUCAUUGGAAUACAUAACAAAUAUGAAAACGUGGUGAUGUUCUCACCAUUAUUAUCAUGCUGCUGUCUGUUUAGGUGCGAUUUGUAAUGAUAGUUAAAGAUGAUGUGGUUUUGUCAUAAUGCACAAAUGGUGCCAGAAUAUUAGGAACAUCUGCCUAAUAUUUAUCUAAACGUCAGGAUGAAACCUCAGUCUAUUUUUUCACUAACAGUCCAUCACUAAGUAAUGCCAAAGUAUUCAUGAAUAAAUUCAGCACAAAUGUUUGAGGGCUUGAUUGUGUGUGAAGGAACGCACUGUAUGUUUAAAAUACAAUAUCUCAAGUGAGCGAUUUUAUAAAUUAAUCUGAAAUCA